CUGCCUGCGUCACCAGCACAGGAGUUUUCCACUGACGAAAAGGCUGUGCUGCUGCUGAGAGGAGUCAGAGCAGGAGGCGCCGCACACAGUGCACAGGCACUCGCUGCUCUCCGGACUAUGCGCGCUGCACUCACCCGCUGCACCCAGCCUAGGAUCUGCCUGCCGCAGCAGCACGGGCAAGGUCUGUGACCUCUUCACAUCAGCCAUGAGUGGGUUACUAAAGCGCAAGUACGAGGCAUUGGAAGAUGAUGCCACAUACUCCUCUUCAUCAUCAUCCCCUUCUUCAUCUGUCACCUCUUCAGGAGGGGAAUCUGAAGAUGAAUUCAGCUACAGUCCCAGGCCACUUAUGAAGGAUUUCACCCCCACAUCCAUCUUAAAAAAAGCAAAGCGUGUAAAGAAGAAUAAAGUAGAGUUUGAUGGGGUAAUGGUAUUCUACUUCCAACGAUGCCAAGGCUUCACAAGCGUGCCAAGCAGGGGUGGAUGCACGCUGGGAAUGCGGCGGAAACACAGCUACAGCCAUCAGUACACCAUGGAAGAGUUUUCCAGGGAGCAGUUGAACCGGCGCAGGGAAAAAUUAAAGGAGCGAUUAAAGGAACAGAAGCUUGUGGCUUUACAGAAUAUGUUUACAAAAAAUGGUACAGUCGAGUCAGAAAAGGCCAAUAACCUCAGCAUAGAUGACAUCUGCGAUGAAGAUAUUGACUUGAACAACGCAGAAAUUGAUGAUGGUUUCAGUCCUCGGAUGUACCCACCCAAGAAACGUCGUGCCUUGCUGAAAUGCGAAGGUGUAAAAAAGAUCGACAAAGCUGAAAAGCAAGAGCUUAAUGAAAUCCGAAAAUCAAGACAAGAAUGUGGGUGCGAUUGCCAGGACUUCUGUGAACCAGAGACUUGCAGUUGUCACCUGGCAGGAAUCAAAUGUCAGAGAGAUCAUUCGAAUUUCCCAUGUGGAUGUUCCAAGGAUGGUUGUGGAAACCGUAAUGGAAGAGUUGAAUUCAAUUCAUCACGAGUGCAAACCCAUUUUAUCCAUACUGUUAUGAAACUUGAGCUGGAGGAGAAGAGUGAAAGGAAUGGACAGUCUGAAAUAACAUGCAGUGAAAAACUGGAUACUUUUAGAAGUUCAUCCUUGGAGGCCAGUGAUAAUGAAGACAGGACCGUUCCUAACACCACCUCUACUACUGCAUCCUACCAUUUCAACAUGGACUUGGAGCCAGCCAGCGAGAACAGUUGCAGCAGUGACACAACUGAUAGCUCGGCCUCUUCUACUCAGAGUGAGGCCUCUGAAGGUCCGUAUGAACAUUCUCCAUCUGACAAAUCCCAGUCAGAUUUUGAGGAAGACUAUCUUGCUAGGAUUCUUCAUUUCAGUGACUCUGAGUAUGACGAUAACAGCAGUGACUGUCAGGAUAACUUGAGUUUCUUUCCAACUACAGACUUUUUCUGUGACAAAGUUUACGAGUCGUUUUUCAGGUCUGAAAAAAAUACUAGUGGAUUGUACUCUAAUUCUUUAUCAAACAUUUCAAAAUGCGUGGAUGAAAAUGCAAACCAAGACGCAGAUUGCUUUUCUGACAAUGGAGUAUCUGUGGCCAUCUCUACUGAUUCUACUGUGACACAAGGAGAGCCACUCUUAAAAAACUAUAUGGAUAUCAGCUUGUCCUCUGAGCCAUUUGAUCUACCGGAUGAAUCUGAUUACAAUUUUGGACCUCUUUACAAUUCAUUGAAUGACUAUGACAAUUUGUGUUCUCAGCAGUGCCUGCUAACUCUCCUUCCUGGAUUUCCCCCGGCUGUAGACACUACAACAAACUUCUUAGAGUCAUUAGUUAGUUCUUCAGAUUCCUGUGGUGACAAUCAAUAUUUAGAAGAUGCCUUAAAAUCGCCAUCUCCUUUUGAAUCCCUUAUAGCAUAAAAAGGUGGAUCAUUUUAUCCAAGCUGUGGAAAAUGUACAGAAAUGUUACAACAUUGAGUCAAAAAAUAAUGGAAUGUUUCUAUGUUUUUACAUGGCUACCUAUAUUUUCAUCUUUAUAUUGAAAGGGGGAAUAUUUUUUUUUUUUUUUUUAAUUGCCACGGCAGUCUGUUUACCAUACGGUUUGAACAAAAAUAUUUUAUUUUUAAUUUAAAUUUUUUUUUUUCUAAGUUACUUGUACAUAGACUUUGAAAAUAUUUCUUAUGUUUGUAGACCUGUGAAAACUUCUUUUUAUGAAUGGGUAUACAUAUUCCCAUACAAACUGUGUUCAAUGCUUUUAAGAGAACCUUUAGUCAUGAAUUUACUGUAAAAGGAAAGAAUUGCAGAAGUAGUGUGCACUACUUGGGUUUUCAAAGGAGAAAAAAAAAAAGGAGGGGGGGAACCCAACGAAACACAUACUAAAUACAGAGCUGUUUAUUUAUUGCAAAUUCCAGGAGUAAUUCUGAAGCUUGAACUAGCAUGAGUUUUAUUUAAAUUGGAGAUACCUCAGAUGUAUUAUGAGUACAAUCAUAUUUUUUCCCUAGAAUAUAUCUGCUUUAUUUAUAGAUAUUUUUUAUUUUAAUUUUUAUUCUAAUUUCUGUAUUAUAAAUUAAGUGUUCAGUCUUUUUCUGUUCCCCCAACUGUGCAUUUUUAAAGUGCAAUAUAUAAGAGCAGCAGUCUCAAUUUAUCCAUGAUGCCACUGGUAAUAUAACAAGCACAAGGGUGUUGGAGGGUGCGGUUCCAGCAUUUUUACUUUUGUGAAAUAUCUUUUUGCUAAAUUUAUACUUUUGUGCUUCAUUUUACAAGCCAUACAAUAUUUUUUUUUUUUUUUUUAUAUUUCUUCAUAUAUUUUUUUUUUUUUUGUUCAAUUAUUUAAUCUUGCUAUGAAUAAUUUAUUUGAUGUAUUUAGGGAUUUGACCAUAACAAGUUGAUUGCAUUCCUAGUUCGGAUAUCCAAUCAACUAAGCAUGGUACAGAACUGUUGCAAUAUUAAUAAAACCUAUGUUGAGCCAGAACAGCGUUGGCAAAGAUAAAAACCAUUUCUGUCUGCUUUAUUUGAAAGCUUGGACGGAUUAAUUUUAUAUUCUCCAGUAAUAUAUGAUAUAUAUAUAUAUUACAAAAUAGAGUAUUUAUUGCUUUAAGUCCUUUUAAAAUACAGUGAAUAUGUAAUGGAUUUCUUUUCUACGAUCCACUUGUAUUUAAAUUAAAUACUACAAUAUUUAAGCUUUAAAACUGCAGAUAUUUAAAUAACUUGUUUUGUUUUUUAAAUAAAAUGAACAUUUAUGACAUCCUUUAAGAUAAAAUGUCUAUAUAUUUUUUAAUGUAUUAUAAAAAUAUUGGGGUUUAUUUCUAAGCCAGAGACCAAGAACCAUUAUACUUUUUCGCUGCUCUGUCAAAAGGUUACCUACCAUUGGAGAAAAAGUAUCAAAUGGCCUUUCUCAAAACCAGUCUAGUACUGGGACAGUCCAAUACGUUAAAAUAACCAGAUUACAAACUAUUUAUGAAAAUGCCUAUCCAUCCUUAUUUUAAAAGUGGACUAAAUUGUCUACUGUGAAGGAAAAAAAAAAAAAAGUCCUUCAGACAGGACAUUUGGCAACGUCACACAUGAUUAUGCAGCUAUAUUUGUUUUGAGGUGUCUUGUAAGGAAGAUCUGCUUCUAGUUGGAUUGCCUGAUUUGCCCAAGCUCAGGAAUCCUUUGUCGGUUGGAUACGGCAUUAAAAGCUUUGUUCUAUUCACGCAUUGAAUGGGUGAAAGUGAUAUCUUGUUACAGUUGAAUUUCAUGAUAUGUUUGCCCAUGUGUAAUAAGGAGCCAUUCUUCGCUUUUCUGUAACGGCCAGAGUCGCGAAUACAGUGCUGAGACAGUAGCCCUUGUGCUCUAUCCUAUGGCUUAAAUUGUGGUCCAAAGGUAUACAGUGCAAAUUAGGUUUAUUUAAAUGUACCAUACUCUAUAACCGUUCUCUUUUCUGUUUUUUCUCCCGUAAUAAAAGCUAUGAAUUGCUUGUUGUUGGAUAUGGCACGUUUUAUUUGGUCAUUGUUAUUAUAUAAGCCUUAAAGUAAUAUUUUGGUGCAAUGUAUUUAGAAGUGAUCCUCAUUCUAGCGAUACACACAAGUGCCUUCACCAGCAUGACUUCCGUGUGCCGGUGUUUGUUUUGUACCUAUAUGUCUUCAGUGUGUGUGGAAUAUGUUAGUGUACUUCAUCUGUUCAGUACAGCAAUAUUACUUUGCUUUUUUGGAAGGAAAAUGCCAGCCAACUGGCUUCAGAUGGACCAGAAUCUGUACAGCAAUCCCAUAUUAUAGCUAUAUCCAUUUAUGGUGACUUCCUGUCGGAUGGCGAUUUCAUUAACCGGGUUGGAGGCUAAGUUGGCACUUGAAAUGGCAAUUAAACUAUCUUAAAUUCAAACAUUAAGUUGGUUCAUAACAUAUAUAUAUAUAUAUAUAUAUAUAUAUAUAUAUAUAUAUAUAUAUAUAUAUAUAUAUAUAUAUAUAUAUAUAUAUAUAUAUAUAUAUUAUAAUAUAUAAAUUAUUUUUUCCAGAGUAUGGUUGACACACACACUUCAAAUGGUAAAUGCUGCCUGGGGUUCAAUCCCAGCACUCCUCCUUGGGUAUUACAAAAAAUAGCCAUUCCAAUAAGACAAGGUGCACUCACCAGGUGGGACUUUUUUUCAUCAGUAACGCCACUGAGAUUUUAUUUACUGCCAUCACCAGUGUAAACAUGUACGGUCGACGUUUUGUUUACUAAGCACAACCUUCCUCAAGACAUCCCACCCUCUUCUACUGGUGGGAUGUCUUGAGGAGUGUUGCGCUUACUAACCGAAACGUCAAUCUUAUAUGUCUACACUGGUGAUGUCACUAAAUAGAAACUCAGUGGAGUGCACCUUUUCAUAUUGGAAUGGAAAAUAAAAAAAAAAUAUAUAUAUAUAUAUAUAUAUAUAUAUAUAUAGUAUAGUGCUCAUUCAGUUUCCAUAAUGACCAUAGAUUCUUGCUAUCUGAAGCCAUGCUGUGCAUAUACCCAAUGUUCAAAAUAAAGUCCUUAAUGCUCCUCAGUGUCUCAACAAGGUAUUGUUACAAAAUAUGCUGUCAGCUACUAUGCCAAAUUGAAAGGUAAACUAUUCUGUCUGUUAAAGAAAUGCUAUAGGAACAUUACUUGCCAGACUUUGCUGUAUAUCCAUCUGCAUCUUAUGUCUCUUUAAAAAUUCAAUUGUUAAACAUUCCUGCUCAACUUUACAGACCUUCAAAGUGUGCUCCUGUAUUUAGCCAGACUGGUUCUAACAGCAUAUUGCAAACUGACUGACGUACAAAGAAAUUAAUUUGCUUUGAGAGUUUUGUCUCUAAAAUGCUGGCAAUAAUGAUCUGGUACUCUUAUGUAUGUAUUGGCACUAAUAAUAUUUUGUUACAACAUUCCUGGGUUACUUUGCAUAACAUAUAUAUCUAUAUUAAUUUAAAGUAAAUUAAAUACCCUGCCUUCAUAACGAUGUGCAUUUAUUUAUUUGUUUGUGCCAAACCCCCCCCCCCAAUGUAAGAUUGUAUUUUUCUUAAUUUAACUUUAAUUUGUGUAACUGUCUCUUUUGUAAUUGUCCAAGGUAUUUAUUGACACUGCUUUGAACAUCUUUCACAGUUGCUAAACUUUGGGUUAUUUUGUAAAUAUUGUCUCUUCUGGGGUUUUUUUUUUUUUUUUUUGCAAAGAGAAUAUCUGCAAAUGUUGGCUGUCAUUUCAUUAAAGCAAUAUGAAGAAAAUAUCC